AUGACGUUGUAUACUUAUACAAUUAGAUGGCCAUUGAAAGAUGAAAACAUUCAUUCUAUUCAAAUAACUGGCAAUUUUGACAAUUGGUCAAGAUCAUUACCUACUAUCAAGUCGACCAAAGAAUAUUUGCAAGAGAUAAAAUUGGAAUCUAGACAAGAUGUUGUGUUCAAGUUCAUUAUUAAUGAUGACCAAUGGAUUGUCAAUGAUCAAUUUAAAGUGACUCAUGAUGAACAUGGCAAUUCUAAUAAUAUUAUUUACGCUGAUGAGUUGGUUGAGGAAGUUGAUAAGGAGAACAAAGCAAAUACAGGCGCCACAAGUGAAUCCAAAGAUAAAGAAAAUGCACCGGAGUCAAGUUUAUCUGAGACAACUGUUGCUCUCAAACCUGAAGCUAAAUCUGCAUCCAAACCAAUUGCUCUCAAAAAUGACAAUGAUGCCAAUGAUCUACCAGAACCAACUAUUCAGAAAGAGCAACCUAAAUCAACAGAACAACAUGAAAGUUUAGAAGCAAUUGGUAUUGAAGAUCACGAAAGUUUUGUUGAGCCCGUGGUAUCUCUGAAAUCCCCAUCGAAAUCAAUCAUUACUGAGGAUGAUAUUAUUUCUGACAUUGAUUCGCACGGUGACAAUGUUCCUAAGAAGUCAGGCGACCUUCCACAACCAUCCUCAACUCAACAGACAUUGAAUCAGGUUUUAACUCCGUCCUCGUCUUUUGCAGCUGUUUCGUCACCUCCAGUUUCCUCCGAUUACGAACACCUCGAUACAAAACACGAGGACCAAGAAACUGAAUACAACACUGCCGCUAAUUCUGGAGUUUCCACCGACACCCAAGGAAAUGAGAUAGUUAGUACAUUCCAAGAAAAUAAGCCAGUCAAACCAGUAUUAUUGCCCCAUGAUUCUGAAUCUACUCUUGAAAGAACUGGUAGUGAAACUAACACAAACAACAAUAACUCACCUCGUAUCCCUGGACAUUAUCCAUCUAGUCCUGAACACAAAUCAUCAUCAACAGCCUCAUUACAAUCUGGCAAUAACGCUGGUGAAAAUGACUCGCAAUAUACGGGCAAGCGUGAAAGCUUGAUAUCCAGGUUGAGAAAUUUAUUUAGAUAA